GGACACAGCACUGUGCCCAUCAGGCUAGCCCUUCCCAAGGGCUGUGAGUUCAAAGGCAAGUGAGGGGCAGUGCCUGAGCCCUGUUUUUUGGGUCCAGGUACUCUGUAUUUGUCAUAUAUUUCUUUUGGUGGGGUGAAAAGGGUGUCCAGUCUUCCUUUAUCCUCAAGGACUCUCACUGAAGCCAGACAGUUCCCCAUGGAAGACAGGUGGCAGCUUCCUUUGGGAUCUAGUUGCAGGCAAGCUUCAGAUUCGCUUGCUGUGGGUAACAGUUACCAGCUGCUCUGGUGUGACAUCCCAAAGACACCUGUGUGUUUGACACUGCAUCUGUGAGAAAAAAAGAUUGGCCUUGAACACUCUGUAAGAUGUUGCAUUUUUCUGUGAAGGAAGAAGGAAAAUUAAAGUAAAUACUUGUUGCAGGUUUUUUUUUGUUUGUUUGUUUUUUGGUUUUUUUUAAUAGAAAAGUAGUAAAUAACUAACAGAAGACAGUUGUUUCUAGUGCCCGUUUUUAGCUAAAAUAACGGGGGUUAAUUAUUAAACCUUUUACUUGGUCGCUCACUUGUGCUCCUGAUGCUUUAAUCCUGGGUCACACAAAGUUUAAGAGUGCUUUACAGGAGAGACUCACUUCUUUUUGCCUCAACCUUUCCAUGCUGACGGGAUGUUACGGGCUUUGCUGCUUACAGUCUCUGUAGUUGCCAUUGCUCAUGCUGAGCUCUGCAAGCCAGAUGCACAGAAUGCUUUCAAAGUACGGAUUAGUAUCAAAACAGCUUUGGGAGAUAAUGCAUAUGCCUGGGAUGCUAAUGAAGAAUACCUCUUCAAAGCAAUGGUGGCUUUUGCAAUGAGAAGAUACUCCAGCAAGAGCACAACUCAAAUUUCCAAUGUGCUGCUCUGCAAUGUGACAGACCGGGUGUCCUUUUGGUUUGUGGUCACAGAUUCUUCCAAAAAUGUGACAACUGUUCCUGGAAGUGAGGUAGAAGCAGCCAUCAGGAUGAACCGGAACAGAAUCAACAAUGCCUUCCUACUGAGUGACAAAACACUGCAGUUCCUGAAGAUAACCUCAACCUUAUCACCUCCUGUUGAACCCUCUACACCUGUCUGGCUUAUUGUAUUUGGUGUUGUUCUUUGCCUCAUUGUGGCUGGGAUUGUUUUCCUCAUUAUUUCAGGGAUUCAGAAACACAAGAAAAAGAAUAAAGAGUCAACAGAGAGAGAAAAUUUAGAAGAGAAAGUUGAAGUGGCACUAGAAAAUGGGAUUCCUUGUGAAGCACUGGAUUUAAAAGCAGGCCACGUUAAUGGAGUCUUUGCAGCAGAUGAUGAACGGUUCACAUCCCUAUGA